AUGAAUCAACUAUGCCAACACGCCUCCCAGACACAACAGUCCAAAACACUUCUCGGUCAUACGGAAUGGCAGCAGCAGCAGAAGACAAAACAGCAAUACGACCCCCAACAGACUCUAAAGAGACCCUUUACUGAAGUGCCUGGUAUCUGCCAACGGGUCCUACCCAACAGUAAUGUCGCCGUGCAGACAGACACAGAGCCCAAGCGUGUCGUCUCUCCAGUUAACGAGGGCUGUUGCACUCCCUCCUAUUCCUACAUCGUUCAGAGUGGUCAGAAAGCUGUCUGUUCAACAUCCCCUCGCGCGCCGCCCAAGACCCCGCCCCAGCCAUCUUGCACCCACAUCGACCCUUCCUACUGCAGACCCGCGCUCCCCCUGCAGGGCGUGAGCUUUCCUCAUGUUUCAUCCUCCUUUGUGAGUGCUCCGAUUCCAGAGCCUCUGGACGGCACCCAGACUGCCAUGCCUGUGACUACAGUCAUCACCGAGGAGAAUGAAAGCGAGUUUGCUGAAGCCGCUAACAGGGUGGUCCUGGUGGAUGAUUUCCAGCCCUCUGGCCCCCCCUACUGUCCACGAAUUCAGCUCGUUGCUCAGACUUCUAACGAGAGCAGUGGCUCACCGCCGGCUGAGCGGCAGAGGCCGGACCAGCAUCAGUGCCCGCGGGAACUUCGGCUAGGCGGUCGGCACCAACAGCAUGCAGCGCCAACGGCACCGACAUUGACUGGUUCGCCCUGUGACGAGUGUGAGGCAGCGGCAGCGGCGGCGGCGGUACCGGGAGGUACACCGGUCUGCCUGUCCACUAACUCUUCCUGCAGCUGCUCCCGGUGCCGCAAGUGCUCCUGCAGUUCCUGUUGUCGACGCCGCAGUUGCUCCGAGGCCACUCUUAUACUGUCGGGAAACGAGGAGGACGAUCGACUGUCUGCUCGGAUGGGGCAGUCACCGCCAGCAGAUCACCUGGCCCCACUUGAACUACAACCACCGCAUCAUCAUCAUCCUCAUCAUCAGCUGCCUCCAAAAAGCACCCCCAGCAAAUCAUCCAGCUGUUCCCGCGAGCGCCAGCGAAUAGACAGGCAGAAAGCAUCUACGGAAGCCACCGUGCCAAGAGCCAAGCCAGCACAAGAAACCUCGUCGCCGGCGAAGGAAGCAAAAGUCCACCGAGAUGCUGGGAGUUCUCCCGUUGGCGACCAGAAUCCACUAGAUCUACGGGUGAUAUUAGGCGACAGACGAAAGCGGGAACUGUUGCAACAAUGGCUGAUAGACCAGAUGUCUAUCAAUGUUGCCCGACUGGUUGGCCAGAAGGCCUCUGUUCGCCAGAGACACUGGCCUGCGGAAGGACGUCAUCAGGGUGAUCUGCAUGCACCGACCAGACAUGGGGGACCUGAUGAUCAUACGAUGUCCGGCAGUGUCAUGGGGGAAGAAGAGGAGGAGAUGAGUGAUUUGGAUGGGACUUCCAUGUCAGUGGAGGAGCAGGAUGACAGGGGUGAGGUGGAAGAGGAAGAAACGGAGACAGAAACGGUUGGCACAAAUAGCUAUAACAGCUGGCGUGCCAGUCCAUCGUCCGGACAACAGAGGGCUCAGAGAAGACCGAGCAGGAAAAGACGAAGUCUGGGGGAGUCCCAAAGACAGGCGAAAGAAUCACCUCAGAAUAGGAGUGCUGGACGGGUGAAGGGUGCGGAUAGCAGUCUCGUGAAGAACAUUCAAGGCAGACCUGCAAACUACAAAAAACCUCCCGGACGUCCCACUGAGGUGGCAAGGCUUCAGAAACAGUCUUCCGGGGAUGUCUGGAGAAAGCCGUCACAUUUCCAGCAAGCAAAGCCGGGACCUCAAGGAUUCUCAACACCACCACUACCACCACAAGAAGAGGAGCAAAAUUUUCUACCAAAGAAUACCAAGAAAAAAGCCAAUGGUAAACGAAACAAGACGACGAAAAGAACUGGGCGCAAAGGUGUUGGAGCCCCAGAGAGGGACGCGAAAAAUAUCAACGCCGAGGACGGAGGUUAUGGAGACAGCAAUUGUACGCAGCCUGUGAGUCAACGGGCUAUAACCAACAUGCAACCGCGGUGGGACGAGGGUCAGGCCGAAAAGGGACCCCUUUUUCGCAGACUUGGUCACAAGCUACAGCCACCAGCUGAAACCACUAAUGGCUCUGGCCAAUCCGAUACUGCAAACCAUGGCUACGCAUUUGAGCGCGUCCUUGAACUCAGUCCUUACGACGACAUCGUUAAGAGCUACCUGAACCCGCCGGACCGUAGGGUCAAGUCGGUGGCUCUGAAAAAUCAUUGUUAUGUCUCCGUACAGGGGCCAUUUAAGCAGAAUUCUGGUGGAGACACUGCCGUCAUAGGCCAAUCUUACAACAAUUUUCGCACCAAGGAGGUCUACCGUAUUUUGGUGGCCUCCUCCACAAAUGAGCGCAUUGAGAAGUGCCUCAACUACCUCAAGGAAACCUUUCCACAUUCCUGCCUCAAAGCCACUUCGAGGAUGUUUUAG